UAGAAGUAACUGCUGCCGCUGCUUAUACCCCUCUGAUUUUAAGUUUUCAUAUCACUGGAUCUCCAAUUCUCAACCAGUUCCAAAAAAUGAAGUAUUUACGAUUUCUAUCUCGCCAUUUCAAAAGCGUCCAGCAAAACCCUAAUCUCCAAUGUAUAGGGUUUAUCCAAUCAUCAAAUAACCCAAAUUUCACGCGUAAUUACACCACUCCAGCACAAGAGUCAAGCUCAAGAUCAGCAAAAAUCACCGCAAUCGUCGACCAAAUCUCAAAUUUAACACUACUUGAAGUGGCGGAUUUGACGACAUUGUUAGGAAAGAAAUUAGAGGUUAAAGAUUUGCCUAUAGUAUCAUUGAUGAUGCCGGGAAUGGGUUUCAGUCUCCGAGGUAUGGGCGGUGCUGGUGGUGGCGCUGCUGCGGCGGCGCCUGCAGAAGAGGAGAAGAAAGAGAAGACAGCGUUUGAUUUGAGAUUGGAGGCAGGAUUCGACGCUGGGUCGAAGAUUAAGAUUAUAAAGGAGGUGAGGAGUUUUACAGAGCUAGGGUUGAAGGAGGCCAAAGAAUUGGUGGAGAAAGCUCCUGCAGUGUUGAAGAGUGGAGUGUCGAAAGAGGAUGCUGAGAAAAUUAUUGAGAAGAUGAAGGCUGUUGGAGCCAAAGUCAUCAUGGAGUGAGGGUUGCCUCUUUAUUUGUUAUCUAACUUUUUGGCAAGAACGAGUGGCGGUGGAGUGAAGAAAAUUUUUUUCCCCUGGUUUGUUAAUUGUGGCAUCUCUAAGCCUGCAACUCCUGAUGCAUAUUUCACCUUGCAUAAUGUGGGCUGUAGUAAAUAAGAAUUGAAUUUUCAUGAUAUUUCCAUCUGAUCUUAUAGAUGCUGGAUGAAGACUUGUCAUUGACACACUUGUUUUUUCUGAGUGUAGGUAAGAUUUGUGAAUUUUUUUUCAUGAUCUUUUAUGUACAUCACAAAUCUGUAAUGGUUACUGCAAAAUAAUAAAAUGUUCUCUUUGGUCAAAUUGUUUUCUUAAUCAUUAUUAUCUUUAAUUGUUGUCUUGAU